GUUGCACAGAACUGUUUUUCUUUAAUAAAUCUGGCGUCGUAUAAAAAUCGCGAAAUUUAGAGGCUGGUAUGAAGGGACUGAAUACGAUCGGGAAUAUGAGAUUAUAGACUGAACGAGGGACAAAUAAUCUGUAAAGAGAAUAUAUUUUGUACAAUUAUUUGAUUAUUCAAAUAUUUGGGCUUUUCUUUGACAAAUUAGAAAUGAUUGUUGUCGACGAUGCUAUAAAACUAACGUUCAAUUCGAACUAAGUAACGGUGUCCCUAAAUUCGAGAAUUUUGCUUUGUUAAAAAAUCGAUUGUACGCGGAUCUUAUCAAAUAAAAUAAAAAGAAAAAAUUUACGCGCCGCAUACUAUCUUCGCCAAUAAUAAAUCAUCGAACACUAUCUAAAGAGAAGUACAUAUGCACAUGUGGCCGUCGUACUAUCAACAUUUUAUCUUUAAAGUAUAUUUCGAGGCAUUAAUCUUACAUUGUAGCUGCAAGUCUGACGUGACGCUAACGACGCUGCUAUGUCUGUCAAAAACUUACCGUAUUUCGUAUCUGGAUCUGUGAUCAAAGGUUUUGGCAGGGGUUCCAAAUCUUUAGGCGUACCAACAGCAAAUCUUGAAGAUAAGGUAGUCGAUGCGUUACCUGGUGAUCUUGACAAUGGAGUCUAUUAUGGAUGGGCUUCUUUAAAUGGAGAAGUUCAUAAGAUGGUCGCAAGUAUUGGCUGGAAUCCGUUUUACAAAAAUGAAAAGAAAACGGUGGAAGUCCAUUACCUCCAUAAAUUUGAAAAUGAUUUUUAUGGAAAGCAAAUUAAAGUAAUUUUCACGGGUUAUAUACGACCAGAAAAAGAUUUUACUUCUGAAGUGGAUUUAAUUAAAGCAAUAAAUAAUGAUAUCGCUAUUGCCGAAGAGAAAUUGGAGCAACCGGAUAUGAAUGUUUAUAAAAGCGAUAAAUUCCUACUAGAAUAAUGCAUUUGUAUAACAAGUAAUAUCGAAUCGUGUACAGAUUAGACUCAAGAAUCAAUUAAGAGAUCGUUCGUAGAACAUGAAAAUAAUAUAUUGAUAUCUAACUUGUUAGAUUUUCAAAUACAUUUAGCUAGUUAGGAAUAUAGAUAUGUAUAAACUGAAUCCAUGCAUUUUAUUAUCGUGUGACGUAAAAAGCUGUAAUUGAACGAAAUUAUUUGUAUUAUAUUUGUACUGUAGCAUUUAUACAUUUAAAGCUACAUUUAAAACUGUACAAUGAAUAAACAUCAAAUUAUUACAUA